UCUUUAUUCAGUCUUCUAGAAAUGUCGAUUCUGCUUGGUUUGCUGGUUGGGGCUCUGACCCUUGCCUCUUGGUGGGUUCUUCAAAACUACACAUAUUGGAAACGUCGCGGUAUUCCUCAUGAUCCACCUAAUAUUCCAUUGGGAAACACCAGUGAACUUAUGCGGACGAAGCAUCUGGGUCGAAUCCUCAAAGAAACCUACCAGAAGUUCAAAAAUCAGACGGAUGGACCCUUUGUGGGCUUCUACCUUUAUGCCAUGAAAUAUAUCAUAGCCACCGACAUCGAUUUUGUGAAAACUGUGCUGAUUAAAGAUUUCGACAAGUUCCAAGAUCGUGGAGUUUAUCACAACGAAAAGGAUCCGCUGACUCAUAACCUGGCUACCAUUGAGGGUGAAAAGUGGAAAAACCUACGACACAAACUAACCCCAACCUUUACACCUGGAAAAAUUAGGAAAAUGUUCCCUAUAGUUUUAAAUGUGGCAGAUGAACUGGUUCGGGUGAUGCAGGAGAGGAUCAUAACAUCUCCACAGACCUUGGAAGUUACCAACCUGAUGGCCAGUUUCACAGCUGAUGUAAUUGGAAAACGCGCCUUUGGCAUGGAAUGCAAUAACUUGCGGAAUCCCAAAGCCGAGUUCGUCCAAAUGGGCUAUUUAGCGCUAAGAAAACGUCGUCAUGGUUGGCUGGUGGAUAUACUAAUCCUGGGAUUUCCAAAAUUGGCCGUAAAGCUGGGUUUUCAGUUUCUGCUUCCAUCAGUGCAGAAGUUCUAUAUGAAUCUGGUCGCAAAAACUCUCGAUUAUAGGGUUAAGAACAAGGUAAUAAGAAACGAUUUGAUGAACACCCUUAUUGAUAUGAAAUUAAAAUACGAUAUGGGAGAUAAGGAAAAUGGUCUGACAUUCAAUGAGGUCGCUGCCCAGACCUUCGCAUUCUUUCUUGCUGGCUUUGAGGCGGGCUCCACAACCUUGGGAUUUGCUCUCUAUGAGCUGGCCUGUAAUCAGGAUAUACAGGAUAAAGUUAGGAUUGAAAUCGAGAGUGUCCUGAAGAAACACAAUGGGAAACUAGAUUACGAGUGCAUUCAGGAGCUGACAUAUUUGCAGAAGGUUAUCGAUGAAUCCCAAAGAAUGCAUCCUGUGGUGUCCCAUUUAGCCAGAAUUGCAACCAAGCCUUAUGUGCACAGUCAUCCAAAGUAUUUUAUAGAACCCGGCACUGGAGUUCUGGUGUCUGUCCUAGGCAUCCACCAUGAUCCCGAGUUAUAUCCAGAGCCAGAAAAGUUCAUCCCAGAGCGAUUCGAUGAGGAGGAGGUAAAAAAGCGUCAGUCCUGCGCUUUCCUGCCAUUUGGAGAUGGUCCAAGGAAUUGUCUUGGCAUUAGACUAGGAAAGAUGCAGGUCAUCAUUGGAUUGGCCCUGCUUAUACGCAACUUUAAGUUUAAUUUGCAUCCCACUAAGACUUCAGUUCCGCUUAAAUAUGAAAUUAAGAACCUUUUACUAAACUCCGAAGGUGGAAUCUACCUUAAUGUCAGUAAGAUUGAGAGAGAAUAGGCACAUAUUUAAGGCGUUUAUUUUUUAAAGAAUUUGUUAGAUGUUUUAAAAUGUUUUUGAUUUGUUGCUUUUUUAAACUGUUUUAGAUUUUAUGGUUUUAUAUGUUUAUUGUGCUGGUCAACACAAACAGCUUUGCAGGAAGAGAGUUUUCCAAACAUUUUAACAAAAGAAAACUAAGUACAAUCACUAAAAUUUGAAUCUAUUAAACAUUUUGUAGCUUAUAAAAAGAUAUAAAAUAAAUAAAAACUUGUUGUUACAAUAUAACUUUUCCAUUAAA